AUGGUGCUAUCUGAGGCAGAGAGGGCAUUGGUGCGCGCCCUGUGGAAUAAGAUGGGCGACAACGUGGGCGUCUACACAACAGAGGCCCUGGAGAGGACCUUCGCCUCCUUUCCCUCCACCAAGACCUACUUCGCCAACUUCAACCUGAAACCGGGUUCCACCCAGAUAAAGGACCACGGCAAGAAGGUGGCUGUCGCACUGACCCAAGCUGUCAAUCACUUGGAUGACCUGCCUGGUGCGCUGUCCGUGCUGAGCGAGCUACAUGCAUACAAGUUGAGAGUUGAUCCUGUUAACUUCCAGCUCCUUAGCCACUCCCUGCUGGUGACCCUAGCUCGCCACUACCCUGGAGACUUCAGCCCCACCAUGCACGUUUCCCUGGACAAGUUUCUGAGCCACGUGAACUCAGCGUUGGUCUCCAAAUACCGCUGA